CGCCGCCGCCAUGCCGAUGAAGGGGCGCUUCCCGGUGCGCCGGACCCUGCAGUACCUCAGCCAGGGCGACAUCGUGUUCAAGAGCUCGGUGAAGGUGAUGACCGUGAACUACAACACGGCAGGAGAGCUGAGCGAAGGCGCGAGAAAGUUCGUGUUUUUCAACAUCCCCCGGAUCCAGUACAAGAACCCGUGGGUGCAGAUCAUGCUGUUCAGGAACAUGACGCCCUCGCCCUUCCUCCGGUUCUACCUGGACAAUGGAGAACAAGUUUUGGUUGACGUGGAAGAUAAAACCAACAAAGAGAUAACAGAGCACGUUAAAAAAAUCCUGGGGAAAAGCAAAGAAAUGCUUGAAAAAGAAGAAAGAGAAAGGAAAAAACUAUCACAUCCAGCAAACUUCGGGCCCAAGAACUAUCAUCUGCGAGAAUGUAUGUGUGAGAUUGAAGGCCAAGUUUCCUGCCCUGCUUCUGUACCAUUGCCCAAAGAGAUGAGGGGAAAACACAAAGCUGCUAUGAAAAAUGAGGCAUGAGCCUGACAUUUCAAGACUUCGGGUCAUGCAGCUGUUUUUCCUCAGGACUGGACAAUAAAGGUGCUUCAGUGAGAUACAAGAGCCAGCAGUUCCUGAGAACAGGAACAAGCAAGUUCAUUCAAUACAGACAAUUCUGCCUUAUGAGCCUUCUUACAGUUCCAACUAGAAUAAUUAAGUGAAAAAUAAAUAAAAGUUAAAACUGCCACAAAAAAAGUAAAAAAAAAAAGCUGUGGUUCUAUGAAGUAUUGCAAAUCAGCACUGGAAAACAAAAUUACUGGUCUUCUUAUUCAUGCCUGCAGGUAACCAAUUAUGGCAAAAACAAGAUUGUGUUUUCUUUGGGAUAGAGAGGCUGGACUAAAACGUCAAAUCUUAGAAGCAGUGCAGAAUUCCAUAAUUUGUAGAAAGUGAUGCAAGAGUCCAUAUUGUACUAGCCAAAGACAGCCAAAUAAUAAUAAUUCCAGUCUCAAUUGAAUUUUCCCAAUUUAUAUCGUUAAAAAUCAGAAACAGUUCAGAGUCUCAUUUCUCUCAAGAUACUUUUGCAGUCGAUACUGCAGCUCUGAGAAGCACUGGUCAAGUCAGGAAUAUCAGCAGGAAAGGAGAAUGGGCAAAUUGGUAUAUGAAAGGUAAGUUUUACAUUAAAAAAAACCCUUCUAAAUUAUCACAGCUUCUGCCUCACCAAACAAUUAUACCAUACCUGUAAUAUGUAUAAACUGGGUAGAUUUUGCUCUGCUGUACAGACUUUUACAUCGGGCUUACAUGCACAAGUCACUGGAACUGUAUUGCAGCAUUUCUGAACUCACAGUUGAAUACAAAAUUUCACACUGAUUCAAGCAUUCUAUACAAAUUGUCAAGGACAAACACAACAGAAAAUAAACAUGUUUUAUUUCA